GAUUCCAGUCGGGAGAAAUAUGUGCUCCACACGGUGAGGACAUACUUCACCGAAACAGUCUUGUUAGCUUCAACAGAGGAAACAUUGGGACUCAAACUCUGUUAAAGUACGAGUUUAGCAACGCAAACUCCAGCGGGAGCGAGACGUUUUUUAUCCGCGUGUUAGCUUAAUGGCUUGGCCGAGAAAGAAAAGCAUUCCGGGGUGUUUAGCAUGAGGCUCCGCGGGGGGAAACGACUGGAAGACAACAGGGUGAAAUACAAUAAUAAUAAUUAUAACAACAAUAGGAAAAAGCAGAAGAUAAGGACUAGGAAGGAGGAGGACAGAGCUGCCCGGUGACAUUUAAAAGAAGAAGAAGAUGAUGAUGCUGGAGGUCUGCUGGUGGCUGCUGCUGCUGACUGGAAGCUCUCACUGCAGGGAGUCUCAGCAGACAGAACAUCUGUCCUCCUAUCAUCUGACUGUCCCUCGACCAAUAGGAGGCAGGCUAAGGCGGGACCUAAAUGGAAAACCCCCCCAUCAGGUCUCCUACGUCAUCGAUGUAGGUGGAAAUGAUCAUGUUGUUCAUCUCGAGAGAAAUGAACUGCUGCUUCCUGCAGACUUCACUGUGGUCACCUACAGUCAAAACGGAUCCCUCAUCACAUCCAGACCUCCUGUACAGGACCACUGUCACUAUCAGGGCCACGUUCAGGACAUGGACGGUUCCUCUGUUGCUAUGAGCAUCUGCAACGGCCUCAGAGGAGUGUUACAUCUCGCAGAGGACAGUUAUGGCAUCGAGCCAUUAGACUCCGCCCCUGACCAGCACCUGGUGUACCGCCUGCAGGAUGUGGCGUCACAACCUCGGGGGUGUGGCACGCCUCACUACGAUGGGUAUGACCGUGACAGCAACGCCACGGAGCACGCUGCUCAGUACAAACCAGAGGAAAUCCACCACACACAUCACAGCAGGAUGAAGCGAGCUAUUCUCCAUCAGACUUACUACGUGGAGCUGCUGCUGGUGGUUGAUAAUGAGAGGUAUAAUCAUAUGAACAAGAACGAGACAGCAGUGAGGGAGGAGAUGGUUAAUCUGGCCAACUUUAUAGACAGCAUCUACAUACAGCUGAAUGUCCGGGUGGUGCUGGUUGGUCUGGAGAUCUGGACUCAGCAGAACCUGAUCAGCACCGAUGGCGGAGCCGGAGAGGUGCUGAGUCGCUUCACCCAGUGGAGAGAGAAAGACCUGGUCCCUCGCCGCCGCCAUGACUCAGCUCAACUCAUCUUGAAGAAGGGUUUCGGGACAACAGCAGGAAUGGCUUUCGUCUCAACAGUCUGCUCCAGGAGUCACGGGGGCGGGAUCAACGCGUUCACCAAUAACAACCUUCCCUCGUUCGCCUCUAUCGUGGCUCAUGAACUCGGCCACAACCUCGGGAUGAACCACGACGACGGGCGCCCCUGCAUCUGCCUCCCCGGCCCCUGCAUCAUGAACUCUGGAGCCACAGGAUCCAGAAACUUCAGCAGCUGUAGUGCUGAUGACUUUGAGAAGAUGAUCUUGUUGACCGGAGGAACGUGUCUCCUGAACGUCCCUCGUCCUGACGAGGCAUACAGCGCCCCCUACUGCGGGAACAGACUGGUGGACAUGGGGGAGGAGUGUGACUGCGGCUCAGAGAAGGAAUGUGAGAAGGACCCCUGCUGUGAGUAUCAGACCUGUAAACUGAAGUCUGGAGCUCAGUGCGCGUAUGGAGAGUGCUGCUACAAAUGUCAGUAUCUACCAGGUGGAACGGUGUGUCGGUCCAGCACAGAUGAGUGUGAUCUUCCUGAGUACUGUAACGGCUCCUCGUCCCUCUGUCAGAGCGACGUCUUCAUCCAGAACGGGCAGCCGUGCCGGAGCCAGCAGGCCUACUGUUACAACGGGAAAUGUCAGCACUACGACGGACAGUGUCAGGCCAUAUUUGGAUCGAAGGCAAAGGCUGCUCCUGAUAUCUGUUUUAAAGAUGUCAACAGUAAAGGUGAUCGCUUUGGCAACUGUGGCUUCCACAACUACGGCUUCAAGAAGUGUGAGAGCAGAAACGCCCUGUGUGGGAAGCUGCAGUGCUCCAACGUUCAGGCGGUGACGGUGUUCGGCAUCGAGCCGUCCAUCAUCACCACGCCUAUCGGGAGCGGAGGAGCCAAAUGUUAUGGAGUCGACUUCAUGCUGGGGUCAGACGUGCCCGAUCCAGGCAUGGUGAACGAGGGGAGCAAGUGUGGAGACAACAAGGUCUGCAUGAACUUUGAGUGUCGCGGCGUGGAAGUCCUGAACUACGACUGUGAUGUGGAGAAGAAGUGUCACGGACACGGGGUGUGUAACAGCAACAGGAACUGUCACUGUGACCACGGCUGGGCGGCACCUUUCUGUGAGCUCAAAGGUUAUGGAGGCAGCACGGACAGCGGACCCACCUGGAAUGAUAAAGACACGUCGCUCCGAGACGGCCUGCUGGUCUUCUUCUUCUUCAUCCUCCCUCUCCUCGCUCUUGGUGCCUUUGUUUUCCUGCGCAGGAACGACCUGCUGCGACGACUCGGGCUGAGCCGCAGGAAGAGAUCACAGGGAUACCAGGCUGAUGGCGCUGCAGCUUCAACCAAUCCCAGCAGACCACCUCCCCCUCCAUCUGUUGCCCGGGGCAACGCCAACAACAUUGUGAGAGACGGGCACCACGCUCAGCUACUGCCACCGCAGGAGGUGUUGGAGACCAGCAAGACGGCUCCCUCCUACGCUCUGAGGCCUCCUCCUCCUUUAAAACCGAAACCUUCUGCUGCAUCUCAGCCUCUGGUGCCUCAAAGACCCGCCCCCGCUCCACCUGUUUAACCAAUCAAGGGGCCAGACUCUCCACACCUAGAUGAACCCCCCCCCCCCCCCCCCCCCCCUACUCCCCCUCGCUCCUUUUCAACCUACUCCCCAUGUACUGAAAGCUGGUUACAGAGCAGGCAGGAAAAUAAUCUGGAGCCGAGUUUGAGGACAGCCGGCUCCAGACAACAAACUGGACACAGUCAAACUGGUUUGGGAGUUCACAGAACAAACAGAAACUUACCAGAAUGGAACUGAUGCCGCCCCUGUUCUCAGCUUUCUUCUUUCUUUCUUUCUUUCUUUCUUUCUUGCAGUCUGGAGACAAAACUCAGCCAAUCAGGUGACACAUUGUCUGCUCUGUCACCAAAUCAGCCAAUCAUAUCUCCAGAACAGUUACCUGUGAUAUCAACAACUCAAUUACUAGAAAUACGUAUUAUUACCCAAUCAGAACUGUAUUAAUCCCGAUCAAUAUUGUGUAUUCCUGCUGUAGAGUGCUGCAGAAAUGAGUCCUGCAUUUGUGAAAUGAGUUAGCAUUUUCGCACUUCCACUUCUCUCAUCUCAAGGUCAAUGGGUCUUUGGAAUGUGUGUUUGGUUAGCUGCCUGAGAUAAGGUCUUUGGUUAAAACAAGUCAGUAAAUAACCCUCACUUCACGCCAAACAUUUUGCUGCUUUUAAGUUGUGGUCUUCUAAAGUCAUGAAACCAGUGUGCUUAGUUUUUUUAACUACUUUUAAUUGCAUUAACUUAUAAAAUGUUUUAAGAUAAUAUGCUAUCGAACUUAAUUUCUGCAAAACAUCAUAAGCGUAGUCGAGUUGAAAAAACCCAAUUAGCAUUUUGUCAAAGGUAACCAUUAAACUUGAGUUGGCCUACAGUAAUAGUUCCUUCUUGCAGCACUUUGUAACAAUAGAUGUUUAACAAGAUCUGGAUACAGUACCAGUACCACUCAGAGUUGAUUCCAAUUAUUCCUAAUGGCCACUGAAUAAUGUGGACAGGACACUUCGAACUGCAAGGAACUAACUCUUUUUUCGUGUAGCCUAUUUUUGAUCCUAUGGAUGAAAAAAGCAUUGUAUUGUAAUAACUAGUAAUGCGUGCUGCUCGGACUAGCAGUCUACGGCUCAUCUGCCAGCAGCACGGCGCUUAAUGCUAGCAGGCUCAAAGGUUUUGAGCAAGUGCUAAGUAACCACAAGUAUUUCCCCAAUUUCAUGUUACUUGCUAGCUGUAUAACAUAUUUAUGGUAUAUUAAGCAAGCCAGUUUGGUAACUAAUGUUAAAUAGCUACUAGCACAACUCUCCCGUUUUUGAGCUAAUGCUACUUUACUAGCUUCCCUGGAUUUAUUCAUUAUUAUCGCUCAUAUUUUGUUCUCCCCCACACAGCUUAGAAAAUAAUAUCUUACGUGAGCUGGCCGGUUAACUUGCUAGCUUUUUUAGCUUACAGUUGAGUUAGCUACAGUAGCUACAUUUCAAAUACCACCAUGCUAACACUAGUAACUACAUAGUUAGCUAGCCAGCUUGCUAACACAUGUUUGCUUGCUAAGAUCAAACCUAAAAGGACAUGAGCUAGUUCUGGUUUCCCAUAUGUUAUCAUGCACCAUGCUAGCAGUACAAAGUUUAGGCUGUUACUUUAACUAUCACUAUUUUUGUGAGACACACAUUUAAUUUAAGUGGCUGGAUUGUCAAUUUGUCAUUCACUUGGCCCUAUUCUUUUUAAUUACAGUAGCUACCAUGCUGCUACUUUCGUCUUUGCACUUUAGAAUCGCCCAUAUAUGGUUUACAAAAGUAACUAAUGCCUGAUGUACCAUCCAAAAAUAUAUUUAAACAAUGGGCCAUUGAUAUCAGUCAGGAGCAGGUUCUCUUUUUAAAGCAACAAUUUUGCAGCUGUCUAGCAUGUAGCUAGCUUAUUAACAUUAUCUCCAUAACUAUAUAUUUACUGUCUGCCAUUUCAACGAGUGCACAGAUGCUGUGUGAAAUUGAACCACUAUAAAGCGCCCUCACUAGGGAAGAAACCGCUCUGGAUACAUAUUUUUGUUGAAUUGUUUAUUUUGAUUUCACAAUUGAUUACAAUACUGAGACAUGCUCACUCUGAUUGGCUGGUCAAAGAUGCAGAAGUCACUGGAUGCUGAGCUUACUCUCCUUUCUUUCUGUUUUCUGUCUCUGAAUGGAAGCACUGGUGCCAUCUGAUUGCACUUCCUCCCCUGCUCAAACACUGUCAUAGGAAUGUAACACACGCUGCUCUGUGUGGGUGCGCUUGGUCUCCAUCACCUUGUCUGCCUGGUGCUCUGUCUCUCCAGAAUUGUAAAAAAUUCCAAUAUGCAACAUCUUCUGGAUGCAGAGCUCCUCCGGGUUUGACUUCCUCUGAUUUGGAUAUGUGUGACAUCCUGCAGGUAAUGUACGCUCACCAAGUUUAGUUUAAGUAAAUCGCCCCAUAAAGACCUCAACACUGUACAAUCUGAUAUCUGUGAUGUUCUUUAUCCACACUGAAGAGGAUGUUUAAUUUAAUAUAUUCCAAACUGACAGAAGGGUGGGGAAAGUUACAAGUGACACUAAAAUGCAGACAAUCAUAAGGAAAACGUGUCUGCUGUUGGAAUGCAGUCUUACAACAAUGGCUGGUAUUAUAGGGCAGGAGCAUCACAGAUUAUAGAUGAGUGUUGACGUGUGUUAAAGGUGGACCUGAACUCACAGCUCACCACUGGAACACCUGCUAUAAAGUCCUGAAAGAGUCCAGAUGUCCCGUCCCCGCCCUGUUUAACACCAACGUCAGACUCAGAAUGGCUGACUGCAGACUGAACAUUUAAAAACAUGGAGUUUCUCUGUGGUUGUGUGAACGCUGGGCGGCCCGCAUGACAGCCACACAACGCCGGAGGGUUCGUCCAUUUUAUUCAAACCAGGGAUUGAUACACCAACAGGUAACCAAAUGACUGACUGGCUUCAUCUGCUGUGAACAGCCAGUAAAUGAACCUGGAUGCACUGUGUGAGGAGAACAUGUUGUAACUAUCUGCUUUAUUCUAUUUUAAUUUGCUGUCGAGUGUCUUUGCACAGAAAUCAUUGUGAACAAGCGCAAAAGUAUAGGGCUAAUACUGUGCCAUUUAAAUGUUUUCAUGCCAAAAAAAUAAAUAAAUAUAAUCAAGGCCACUAAAGAUUCUGUGAAUUAUCGAUUGAUCUGGAUAUUUAUUUCUAGAUAAAUCGAUUCAUUGUUUGAUCUGUCAUAUACCCAAAAUACUAAAAAAUAUCCAUUCCAGUUUCUUAAAGUCCAAGUAAAUGGGUUAAAUGGUUAAAUGGGUUAAAUGGGUUUGUGAGUCCAAACCCCACAUAUUUUCAGUUUCAUAUGCAAUAAAACAGAGAAAUGAGGAAAUCUCCAUAUUUGAGACAACAUUCAUCGAUUAUCAAAAAGCUUGCCAAUUGUUUUUCUAAAGGAAAGAGAAAAGUCUUGAGGACAAACUGUUCGGACUGGAGUUAUUUAGAGACACGAGAGCAGCUGAGGUUAAAGCUCACAAGAGCAUCAAGUUACCGUCAGUAAAAUGCUCCCGCUCACUGGUUCCUCCAAAGCUAAAUCGGUUCUAGUUGUUUAUUAAAAACAACACAUUUCGUGUUCAGACUCAAACCAAAACUGAAUGUAUUUUCCUUAGUAUUGUGAGAGUAUCAAAGCUUAAAUACCUUACUGCUUUGUACCAAAGAUCCCCAUUUUUGUAAAAAACAACACAACUGUUAUAAAGUCAUCAGUUUUGCUCACUAUUGCACUGGCUGACUACUAGAGUAACAAAUGUGUAUCAAUCCACUAUCAAAUGCAUUAUUUAAACCCUCAAUGUGUUAUUACUAUAUUGAAUUUGCUAUAGUUACUCUGAAUUUACUUUCAGGGCUGCAACAAUUACAAUUAUCAAUAUAUCUCUGUAUUUCUUCUGUCAAUCAUCAAUUAUCUAUCAAUUGUUAUGUCAAUAAAGUGUAAGAUAAUAUUUAACAAAGGUUUUACCCGGAUUCUAUCUAAUCAUCAUGAACUGUCUUGUUUGUUCGACUAACAGUCACACUUUUAAUAAUAACCAAAUAAAACAAGUGUUCCCAUGGAGCUUCCAUUACAUUAAUUCCAUAGUGUCUUAUGGACAAGAAUAUAAAGGUUUCUUUCUUUUUUUAUAUUAAUAUAAAAUAAUAUAAAGUACAGCAAUGUCAUGUCAUCAAAGCUCUGAUGAACCUCUGAUCUAGUGUCAUUUAUGUGCCAUUUUAAACAGUAUUCAGACAGUAUUCACAUUAAAAUAUUCAUGAAUUAUACUGUCUAUGGAUGGAGGUAAACAUUUGUAGCCCAGGUUUAAGUGAAGCCACCACUGGCAGCUUAAGUAACAUUUGCUAUCACCUGCAGUAAAUUAUACUGUAUAGCUGUCAGUGUUUUUUAAGUCUUCAAUAGUAAGAAACCAGCGAACACAUUAAAGGUUUGAGUCUGCACAUGCGGUUUGUUUGAAAAAAAUAAAACAAAGACAGAGAUCGAACCUUAAAAUCAUCCAGACUUUUGUCUCGCAGAGUGGGAAAAGCUACAUUACUUUACAAACUAUAAACAAUAAUAGGCCUAGUAUAUCGUGUCAUUUGCAAUUAGAAAUAUUUGAUCAAUAAUAAAGAUUUCAGCAUAAAAGAAAAUAGGUUUAUUCAGUCACAUGUUUCAAGGUUAUACUUGAGGUUUUCCUUCUCUGUGCCAUCCAUGUUUGUUUUUGGUAUAUUUUUUUGCAGGCAGGACAGCCACAUUUUUUACGGCACCAAUUUUGCUAUGAACUAUGGGUUAAACCCUCAGGAAAAUGUGGAGAUAUUUGGACUCUUAGAAAGGCUUAUAAUCAAUGAUUUGAUGAUUUGAAAGUGAGACAACUGAGCCCUCACUCACUUAAGGGGAAUGCACAUCAAAAUCUGUGAGAUUGGAGAGUGGGUCUGUUGGGAAUAUGUAUGCAGCCUGAGAGGCAGAACUCAGGGUAAAAAGUUUCAAAGAAAGGUUAUUUGAACACCUGUAAAAUGAAAACCAGCAGGUAAAGCGUCACAAUAUGAUUGUUCAAAAGGUUGUCACCCAAUCUCCUAGUAAGCACUGACGCCACCACACAGAAUCUCAUCACCUCUUUUUAUUAUAAUAAAUGAUUUUAUAGGUUUUCUCUUUUAAUUUUUUUGCAAAUGUAAACAUGUUCUCUGUGCUGAUAGUUGUAUUUCAUUAUUAAAUAUUGCUGUGUCUGGUGAUUGAUUUCUAUGUUUUUUUUAUUGAUUUCUAAAUUUUAUUUCUGAUCUGUUGGAGCAGGAAACAACAGUGUUCCUCUCCGAGCAUUUUGUUUCUACACUAUAGCAACGACCCUGGAAAUUAUCAAUAACUGUAGAGCCCAAACCUGUGCGGCUUGUUUGCUGGGAUGAAUCCAGUCCGCAGCUUCAUGUAAUCAUUUAAUAAACUUCAAUAAAACAGAA